AUGUCACUGUACAUGGAGAAUGAGGUGAAGUCCCUGCAGGCGGUGAAGAAAGCAAGACGAGCACAAGAAAUCUACAAGCAGAAAGAGCAGCAACAGCGCCUCCUGCAGGAGGAGCAACAAGCCCUGGUGAGCAGGAAGCAGAGGGUUCUGGCCCAAAUCCAGCAACACAGAAAGUUCUGGGACUACUUGGAGAACUCGGUGGAGGCGUCAGAAGAGUUCCAGGUCCCAGGCGAUGUCCUCAGUCGGUACCACACAUUGGUUGCUACAUCCCAUUAUCUCCAGCAAGUGGUUACGGAGGGACAGUCAUCCAUUGAUGCGGCCAAGGGUCAACUCUCCUGCUUUCUGGAAGAGAAAAGUGAUAAGGUUCUGCAGCUAGACAACCAGUUGGGGCAACUACAGGCCGACCUGGAAGAAGCUCAGAACCAGCGACUACUGUGGGAGUCACGCUGGGCGCACAUUCGAAACACGGCCACAAAGAAGACCCUACUGAUCGGUGCAAUAAAAAUGGCGACACUGAACCUCUUCCAAUGCAUGUCCAUCCCGGACGGAAGCGUCGCCAUCGAUGACACCACGAGACAGCUGGAGAUGGUGAGGAUUGGGUCACCAUGGACUGCACACAGCAUUGUUGUGAAAAUCUCACACCAUACACUUUAAUAGAGUCCCAUAUUCCUACUCCACCUGCAUUACUAAGCAGAAGUGCCACCUGCAGUCCUCCGUGGUUACUGCAACCCGAUGGAACAAAACAUCUUCGUGCAGAGCAGACACAGCAAGGUUAAUGGGCUUUGGCCAGUGGACUUAUUGAAUAAAGAAAACGCGGCAAUUCUCGUGCGUGCGGACGUGUGACGUCACCACACAGGGCAGGAGUGGUGACGUCAUCACACACAAGAAUCGGCCUGUUUUCUUUAAUCAAGAUGGCCAGGGCAGCCUCUCCGAUCAAAUGGAUGAGACAUGUAUUUUUUAUCCCCCUCAUAGGCUGAAUGUGACUCUCAGAUGUUAAAUGCAGCAUCUGAGGGGUUAAAUAAUGGAGGGAGGGGGGGCGCGGUGCGAUCGCCGUUCCCCAUCAUUGCGCCAGCUCCAUACAAUGGAUGCGAUUUGUAAUUAAUUGAAUUUCUCGUUGAAGUUCAGUGAAGCACCCAAAUCAUUUUUGAAAGCUUUGCUCAUCCCACCACUAACUGGAGAGCUCUGUCCAUUCAGAGACGCACACCCGGCCUGGAGAACCCCGAGCGAUGUGUGAAACCUUCCAUCGCCUCCUCCAGGAGCCUGCAGACGGUUCUCCUCUGGGUGGGGGUAGCACAGAUCACUGUGUGUCUUGUGGAGUGGACGAUAGCAUGGUGACUCAUAAGAUCUAAUCCUGGCUUUAUACGACCAUCUCCAACUUGGAAUAAGUUUCAGGAGUUGGUGGACAGGACGCUGGGGAUGCAGCUUUCCACUCCUGAGAUUUCCUUUAAGACUGUGACAUUGAUCAGGUGAUGGCGAAGGCCAGCCGCCGAAGCACGAAAACCUUGUUGUGUCUGCUUGACGAUGUUUUAACUUUGGAUUCAAUUUAGAGUUUUCGGGGAUAUCGGAUAGGUGGCGGUCUAACUUCCGACACCCCCACAGCCUCCAAGCCAUACAUUGGAUAGCAGCUGUGCUUAAUAUCUCAGCUCAGACCCAGUCACGGCCACGUGACCAACGACCAUAACGUCUCUGGCCUAGGAAGAGGCUGGAAUGAAAACCAGAGCACUGCAGUGUCUUCACCCAGCUGACUGUGGGGGUGUCGGGAAGCGGGCCCUCACUGAGCUGAUGUGGAUGACCUAUCCUGAAGCUAGGACAGCCAUCUGAAACAUCCCCUUUAAUUCCAUGCUGUGCCGGAAUCAUUUCGUUGUGUCCAUGGAAGUGGUGGGCUGACUCCUACAAACGUAUCGGGAUGGAUUUCCUAGUGAUGCUGGUGACCUCAAGAAGGUUCACAGACACCUAGAAGCGUAUGGGCUACUAAUGAUGGUUACCCCUCUGCACAGGUUCAACAACAUAUCCAGGAUCUUUCUGACAUGUGUGAGGCCACGAGAUGCCAACUGAAGAGCAAGAGCAGCCGAGACUUACUGAACCAAAAAUAAAAAGAGUUACCACAGGCACCUGGCGGCACGGAUGAGAUAUAUGACCUCGUAUAUGAGACACGGCUGGCACCAUCACACCACACAGGAAGCGCAAGUGGCACCAUCACACCACACCACCCAGGAAGCGCGAGUGGCGCCAGCACUCCACCCAGGAGGCACGAGCGGCGCCAGCACUCCACCCAGGAGGCACGAGCGGCGAGAUAACACACCAGACAGGAGGCAUGAGACAUAAGGCU